UAGCUAAAGCUGUUUCGUGGUUUUUGAAAAUGUAUCGAUGCACCUAGAAACAUCUGGACCUGCCAGGCGUUACAUUGUCUGUCCAUUUGAACCUGGGUGCUUUUUGCACGGUAAAGGAACAAACAGGAAUGAGCGUUGUAAACAGAGCAAUGUUACUGCCGUUCGUUGCAAGUUUCUAGCCCUCGAUGAGAGAUAACGGAAAUUACUGAGCUCACCGGUCGUGAGACACCUGAGACCCAAGUGAGACACCUGAAUUUUGAUCUACGUGAACGGACCGAAUCUAACCACAACUUCAAGAUGAUGGAAGACCACUGUGUGGGGCUAGUGGCCAUGUCCAUUGUCAGUAUCAUCACCUUCUUCAUCGGACUCGUUGUCAACUGCUCCAGAAUAGCUGUCCAGUUCUCCGCUGUGGAACUCAUCCCUCAACUAUUCGAGGAGACCGAAGCCAACGCGACGACAAAUUACAAACUUCCUGUGACAACUGAGCUUUGGACAGAAGCUAUGUGGAUUGUUGUUUACAUCUGUCAGAUCUUCUGGCUGGUGUAUGCACUAACUGCGAUCUGUAGACAGACGCCGUCAGGACCAGUCUACAACCACCCCAAGCUACUUCCGGUCACAGUUCACAUCUUUUUCGUCAUUGCUGUUAUCCAACAGACAGCCUGGCUGAUUCUUUACCACCGGAACUUUCUGGCGCUUAGCCUCCUCGUGAUUGUCCUCUCUGCCGCCUGCUCGCUUAUCUCCCUUAGCGAGGCACUUCGCCAGUUCGACAUCAAGCUCAGCGGACUUGUUCAGGAAUUUCGAAACUUUGACAUUUGGGCAGUGCGAAUUUUCGCCCACAACGCCCUCGCUCUCCUGACCGUGUGGUUGACCUUGAAUGCGACCCUUAACCUCGUGCUCGCUUUGGUCUACUACAUGGACUCGAAGACAUCCGGAAACGCACUAGCAGUCACGCAGCUUUCCAUCCUUGCCUUCGUCAUCGUCACCUACACUGCUUUUGACAUCUUCGCUCUGGAUCGGUGGACUCGGUACGUUCUGACGCCGUACCUGGCCAUUAUCAUCUUUCUGGCGGGAUUACUGCACAAAGACUGGCCCUCGCUGUACGAUCCGAUCUUCCUCUUCCUCGCCGUUCUUCAGAGCCUGAGCUUUUUGUUCAUCCUCGUCAAGGUCGUCGUUAUGAGCUUCAGGCACACCUUCAUGUUCCAUGCAGGCGACUCGGGGAAUCUGCGACCUCUCUUACUACCAGAGGAGAGGAAAUAUGCUUACCCUUGAGAAACAUGAAAAUGGUCCUAGAAAUCAGUCUCUACUGUUCAGUUCACAAUCAAGACGGGUCGCCACUUUGAAGACGAUCAUUAACAAACAAGAUGCACAGUCCAGUCUGUAAGAGAGACGAUGACUGUUGUAGCAGUUCUGCAGAACACGUCAGUUAUGGUCAUGAGGACAUCUGACUGGUCAAGCCAUUCCCCCACCAAUUAUUUUUUAUUUCGCAGCCCGUGCAUUCAACAAUUUUGUUUUUUUUUAAUUUAUAAUUGCUGAGGGAAAGGAUGAUGAUAUCUAGAUUAUCUUUCCCAAGGUGUUAUCAACCAUAUUCUGUUUGCUUUCUCACUAAUACAAGCUAACAUGAAGUAGUUGGAAGUAUAGCCGUGCUGUCAUCGCGUCUUUAUUGAAUCCUUACCAUCGUCAUUUCUUCUCUCUGUUCUCUCGCGCGAGUGCAUUUGAUGCAAAUUUAAUACAGCACAAACUGUAAGCGCUCAUACAAUUUUAGUGAAGUAUUCUGUUUGAAAGGAUUUGUCACCACAUUUAGCGUUUCCCGUGUUCGCAGCUCAACAUCAAGCAGGCAAUGGCUAAAUGAGGAGCAAUUUUAUUUUUCUAAUAAUCUGACAAAGCAAAGUGCAAGAUAUUAUUUCCCUGAAUCUGGGAUAAGCAUUUAAAUAUCGCCAUGCAAAGAAAGAGGUCAAAAUUGUGACAUACUUAAUUAAUAUAUAUUCCCACCUCUCCCAUUGACUGAGGCUGACACAAGGUAUACUAUCUUGAUGUCUGCGUUGUUGAACUCUAUGUAUCGUGAUAUUUGAAGGCAUGCAUUUCGAAAUGAAGGGAGGUAUUCACCAGCUUUGGAGAUAAAGUAUCCUGCACUGAGCUUUACCCAAUCAUUACAAGAAAACUUGCAUCCCUCUAGUCCUUUAACAAUGCCUUCCAUUUCUUCUACAGGCACACACAUGUGGAAUUAAUAGUUAAUUUCAACAAUCUAUAAACAUAUAAUUGAGAAUGAAAAAUAAAAUCCAGAAGUCUACUGCUAAAAUCUUUGAAAAGACGACACCAAAACAUUUCCAUAUUUCCACUUGAAAUGUCACAGCAGUUACAAAGAACAAAAUCUCAGUACUCUGAGGCAUCUGAUACACGAUUCAUUUAGUUUGAAUAACUCAACACAUACCCAUUCAACAUCACUAGCUUCGAUAAACUAUCAUUGAAGUAAAUGAUGUAAGUACCUUUGUUAAAGUCAAUUUUGCAUGUACAUUGUUUUCUUUCUGAAAACGAUAUGGCACCUCAGAAACAGGAGAUAAACCCCAUAGGAUAA